AUGGCAUCCACUCCACCCCCUCCAUCCCGCUCCGCCCUGAGCAGCAAGGCCCACCGAUACCGCAUACUCUCAAGCCUACUCUCCCUGCUAGACCGAUACCUCUCCUGUCCACUACCCCCAGGACCAAGCGUCGAAAUCGCCAUUCCCUCAACAGUCAGUAAAUCUCCGGGAUUAGUCCAACUCUACUUCUUCACUGCACCUUCAAAACCCCUCUGUCCUCGCAAACAAACCAGCCCAUGUCCGCCCCGCCCCGUCCUUAUCAACUUCCACGGCGGUGGCUUCUCAAUCGGCCACGCUCGCGAUGAUGCCCGCUGGGCGGGUACAGUGCUGAAAGCCUGCCCAGAAGCCGUAAUUGUAAGCGUCAAUUACCGGUUAGCCCCAGAGCAAUCCUUCCCCGUCGCGCUGGAAGACGGCGUCGAUGCUAUCCUAUGGCUAUGGCAAGAAGCGCAAAAGUACAAUCUUGACAAAACCCGCUUCGUACUCAGCGGAUGCAGCGCAGGCGGGAACCUCGCCCUAACAGUGCCAUUCCGACUACACGAAGAACUGGAGAAAAAGCGCUGGGCCUCGAUACGCGAGGAGAUUGCGUUGGCUGGUCUGGUGGUAUUCUAUCCUAGUACAGACUGGACACGAACGCGGAAAGAGCGGGAUGCUACGAAUCCUAUCGCCGAGCAAAAAUCCAUGAUCUCCCCUUCUAUGUACAAGUUAUUUGACGAUUCGUAUCUUCUCCCUGCGAGCCUGCCGAAACGGCAGGAUACGGGUCGGACGGAUAUGUCGCAUCCUUAUCUUUCGCCUGGUUUGGCACCUGCCUCUCUGUUGUAUGCGAGUUAUCCAUCUGCUGUGGCGAUUUAUACUUGCGGGUGGGAUCAGUUGCUUGUUGAGGGGAAUACGUUCCGGGAAAGGCUUCGGGGGUUUGUUGAAGAAGGGAAGAUGGCGAGUGUAGGUGGGUUUGUGGUUGAGGAUGUUGCUCAUGGGUUUGAUAAAAAGCCCUCUUUUUGGAAGGGGAACCAAGUGCGUGAGAGGAUGUAUGGGGAUGCUGUUAACCAGUUGAAAGCGAUGUGGAAGAUGAAUUGA